GGCGGCCCUGAGAGGGUGGAACUCGUGACGCUUCUCCUGGGGCUCUGGCUACCCUCUCUCGUGUGACCACGGUUCCUGCGGGAGAAGUGUAGCUGAUUUUGACGGGAACCGCACCAAUGGCUUCCGUGCUGUCCUACGAAAGCUUGGUCCACGCUGUUGCCGGGGCCGUGGGCAGCAUGACAGCAAUGACAGUGUUCUUUCCUUUGGAUACAGCUCGACUUCGACUUCAAGUUGAUGAGAAAAGAAAGUCCAAAACUACACACAUGGUGCUUCUGGAGAUUAUUAAAGAAGAAGGCCUCUUGGCCCCAUAUCGAGGGUGGUUUCCAGUUAUCUCCAGUCUCUGCUGCUCCAAUUUUGUCUAUUUCUACACUUUUAAUAGCCUCAAAGCAGUCUGGGUCAAAGGUCAACAUUCUACUACUGGAAAAGAUCUGGUAAUUGGAUUUGUGGCAGGAGUGGUGAAUGUGUUACUGACAACCCCACUCUGGGUGGUAAAUACCAGACUGAAGCUGCAGGGGGCAAAAUUUAGGAAUGAAGACAUUGUACCAACCAACUAUAGAGGUAUUAUUGAUGCUUUUCACCAGAUCAUUCGAGAUGAAGGAAUCUUGUCUUUAUGGAAUGGCACAUUUCCCUCCUUGCUGUUGGUCUUCAAUCCUGCCAUCCAAUUCAUGUUCUAUGAAGGUUUAAAACGGCAGCUUUUAAAGAAACGAACGACGCUUUCUUCUUUGGAUGUGUUCAUCAUUGGUGCAGUAGCCAAAGCAAUUGCCACCACGGUCACCUAUCCCUUGCAGACAGUACAGUCAAUUCUGAGGUUUGGACGUCACAGACUCAACCCAGAAAACAGAACAUUAGGGAGUCUUCGCAAUGUUCUUUAUCUUCUUCACCAGCGAGUAAGGCGCUUUGGAAUAAUGGGGCUCUACAAAGGCCUUGAAGCCAAACUGCUGCAGACAGUUCUCACUGCUGCUCUCAUGUUCCUUGUGUACGAGAAACUGACGGCUGCUACCUUCACAGUCAUGGGGCUGAAGAGCGCACACAAGCAUUGAGACACCUUCCCUGCUGAGUGAGGAAAGGUGCUCAAGAUGGCAGUUUACUUCUGUGCGAAGAGAAGUGACUCUUUUUUUAAUCUUGUUCUUUCCAUUGUGAAUGUUUACCCUCAUUGGCUUCAAAAGCAUUUAAGGGUAAACAUGGAGUAUAGCCAGCUGAACCUGUUACCAACUUAAUUUUUAUGAUGGUUGCUUGAAUUCUGUGGGGGAGGUUGGACUAAGGGUCAUAUGAAGAGAAAGCAUUAUUGAAAACCUAAAAUUUUAAGUUUGUGGGGAGUAAUUAGUUUUCUUAAGGAGAAGGGACUAUUGCUCUCAUGUGUAAUCUUUUUCCAGUUCAAAAUCUUCCUUAAAUUUACCAGCUGCUCUCUUUUCCUGAACGCUUCCCCCAGUUCUAGGACAAAUUUAAUACCAUGAAAUUCUCCUCAUAUACUUCUUAUGUCUUAAUCUUGGUAUUUUCCUCACUAUUAAUAAUAUGACUAUGCUGUGAGAGCAUGAUUUUAUUUUCGGGGGGCUUUUCCCCCCUUCUUAAAUAAAGGUGUCUUCUUUAGUACAUGAGCUAUUUAUUUGAGGAAAGAAAUGAAAAUUAUUAAUCCCAACUGAUUCUCUUAUAAAAUAUUUGUAAACAUUGCUUAUUCAUUAGUACAUGACAUAAUUUUAAAAUAUUUAUUUUGAAUCAACUCUUUUAUUACAAAAGGCUUGAAGUUUUAUGUUCAGCCAUACAAGCCCCAAUAAAUUGUCAGCACCAAGGACAUGCCCUUUAUUAAGCUAUUACAUUCGGUUUUCAACUAGCUGAUAAAAAUGACAAAAAGGGGGAAGGGAACAAAUACCUUGUUUUGUCUCUGGAAUACUAUCUCCCUUUGUACACUCUUGGAGGAGGCUGUAUUUUGUGUCUGUUUUUUGUUUCUUUUUUUGGUUUGGUUUCUUUCAGUAAGCCUCUGAUUGAGGUUAUUUCUAUUUGGAAACAUUUGAGAGUCCUGCUGCUCAGAGCGGGGUGCGUCAAGCAGUAGCAUGAGGGCUGGUUGGACGUGCAGUCCCAGACCUUUUGAUUAUAUUCUGCAUUUUAACAAGAUCUGCAGGUGAUCCAUAAUCACAUUAAAGUUUGAGAAACCUUAGCACACCUGACUGAACAUAAGAUAGGAUUGUUUAGAAACCAAGACAAAGAUUUUUCUCAAAGGAAAGCUGGACUAAUGUAUUAAAACAACCUCUGAAAAAACCAGAAGUCUAUGUCAUCAUUUACUUUUCCUUAUAGCACAGGUGGUAGGACUUGCACUGGGUAGCUAGGAGUGAAUUUAGACAUCUGAAGCCACUCAAGAAGCUAACUCUUGACAUUAGUAGAACAGCUUUUUAGGUUGCUAUGAAUUAUUUUUUGUUCCUAUAACAAAAUGACAAGUUUUUUUAAUUUGUAAAUAUAAUUUAGUCAGAGCCAGAGCGUAAUGAUGUAGUGUCCGUGGACUCUGAUAUAUAGUUCUGUUUGAGAGUGGAAAUUUCUUUCUCUUAUUUUCUCUCUAACUACUGUGAUAAAUUCAAAAUAUGUGAUUAUCAAACUAGUAAUAAUUGAAAGAUCAUUGUGUUUUUCUAGAAAACAAGAGUUCGGAAGAGCUAAUAAUCUGGGGACUAGACUGAAUACUGAUUCCCUAUUAAGACAGAAUGGUAGACAGAAUUGGCCUAUUACUGUUUUUAUUUUACAUUAAGGUUUCUGAGUGGGGCUUGGGUGGGAAGCACAAAACUGAUUUUGGUUUUUAUGCAGGAGAAGACUAAUCAUAACGGUGCCAUGUGUACUUUUUGUUUUAAUUAUGCAGUUUGCUUUGAAACUUGAAUUUUGAGCUCAGGAUAUUGUAGAUUGGUAUGUGAAAAUGUAUUUGAUGCUUUGUUCUGAUUUUGUGAGGGAACAAUUUAAUACUGAGGUUUUAUGUUCCGUAUGGAAACUUAUAGGCUCACUAAUUGAAAUUAGAUAAUGACUCACCCAGUUUUACAACCUUGGAUUAGUAAGUUAUUUGAGAAAACUAAAGAGUUGGGAAAUUGAUUUUUUUUAUUCUUUAUACAGUUCCUCUAGAAUGUGAGGAUUAAGACCCUUAAAGAUUAUUAGUGUCACUGCAAUAAAAAAGUUAAUUUAUGUAAGUAGUUAAUCUGUGUUUUGAAGUGGACACUAAUAUUUUAACCCAUGUCAAUUUUACAGUUAAGUUUGAAACACAGAAAUAGGAUUUACCAUAAAAACAUAAAGCAGUGGGAGUUAGAAUCUUUGGGUUUUAUUCCCAGCACUGCCACUGACUAACAACUUACAUCAUCUCCUUGUGCUUCAGCUUUUGAUAAGUGGAGAUAAUAAUACUACCCACUUCAGAGGAUGUUUGAGAGCUAAUGAUGUCAAUUAAACCCCUUUAUGAUUGUGGAAGAAGGAAGAUCUGAGUGCAACUUACGACAGUGGCUAGAUUUAUACAGCAAUUUUCUUUCUUAAAAGCUUACACACAUUCUCAUUUAUAAUCCUAAUAUCUCUGUGAAAUAGGUAGGGACAAGUAACAAUAACCCAUUUAAUUAACAAGGAAAUUGAGAUAGAACUAUCAAAUGACUUGCCUGGUUAGAGCCAGGACUAGAGUGAGUUUCCUGCAGUCUAAUGUAGUGCUUAAAAGAAUGAGUUCUGCUAUUAGACCUAGGCUCAACUCUGGUCCUAUUCCUUACCAGCUGUGGGAACAAAGCAAUUACUGAACUUGUAUAAAACCCUGUUUCCUCAACUGUGAAAUGGAGAUCUUGAUAAAACUACCUCACAGUGUCAUUAUGAUGAUUGAGUAAGAUCAUAUACCUAAAGUAUGUAGCACAGUGCUUGCCACAUAAGAAGAGCUAGAUAAAUUAGCAGUGACUGUCGUUAUAAUAUUACGGAUAAGGGAUGUGGCUGUUGGGGUAGCUAUGGUUCAAUGGAAAGCACUCUGCAUUUUGAGCCAGGACUGUGUUCAGAUUUUCAUUCUAUCACUUAAUAGUAUCACGGCCACAGACAAGUCACUUCUUCACCUGUCUGAGUCUAUAUCUUCAUCCAUCCAAUAGCAGUGCUGCUGUGUAUAUAUAUAUAAAUUUUUAAUCCUCAGAACAGCCUUGUGAGGUAAUCAUUUCUCUCGGACAAAUGAGGAUAUAUGUAUGUGUAUGUGUGUGUGUAUCUAUGCAUCUGGCACAGUACAUGACAUAAACUUAAUAAAUGCUGUUUUUCUUCAUUGAGAUAUAAUUGAUAUAUUAGUUUCAAGUAUAAAACAUAAUGAUUUUGAUAUAUGUACAUAGUGCAGAAUGACCACCACAAUAAGUCUAGUUAACAUCUAUCACCAAAAUAUCCAUCAGAUAAUACUGUUUGAACCAAGAAAAUCAACUAGGUUUUACUUUGGGGCAGUGUUCUCUCUCUUCAUUUGUUUUAACUGUGAACAUUUCUGAUUGGCUUUCAGUGUAUCUCCUCAAAAGAGAAGCCAGCCCUGGCUGGGAAGCUGAGUUGGUUAGAGCAUCAUCCCAAUACACCAAGAUUGUGGGUUCAAUC